CAGAAGUAUAAGUUAAUCAGUGAUUAGUUGAUCAGUAGUUUGGCUAAAUUGGUUGAAUAGUAAAUUAAUUGUAAAUCAACUAUGAAUGUUAUCAUUAAAUGUGAAGACCAAUAUGAUCAUCAGGUAGGUGAACCUGGUGAAAUUGAUAAGACAAAUUGUCGAUGGAAAUCAAUCCAAUAUAAUCCACAGGCUCAGCCGUUAAAACAGAUUGAACAAUCAACUAAACAUUUGGAAUUAGUAAAUUGCUUGAACACCUCAUCACCUUCAUCACCUCAAACAAUAACAUCAUUAUCAUCAUCAUCAACAACAACAACAACAACAAAUCAAACACCAUUCAUUGGAUUAUCAAAGUUUGGAGAUGUAACAACAACAAUUGAGAAAAAUCAUCUUAAUCAUUCCCGUCGAUUAGUUAAUGAUAAUCCUUAUCCUGGUUUGGCUCAAAGUUAUGCUUCCAUUGUGGAAAAUUAUUCCACUAAUUGUAAUAAUCGACGUACAAAUAGUAAUUGCUUCAAUUCGCCUGAUUAUCGAUUGACACUUCCAACGGCGAUUAAUCCAAGUUCACUUGAUAGUGCGAGUUUCAUUCGACGUCGAAAUGAACGGGAAAGAGCUCGAGUUAAAAAUGUCAACGAAGGUUUCGAUCGGCUGAGAAAACAUUUACCGUUAACUCAAAGUCAACGGGAAAAACGCUUAUCGAAAGUGGAAACACUUCGAAUGGCGAUUAGUUAUAUUAAACAUCUCGAGAUUCUGUUAACGCCGAAGUAGUAACACGAUGGAAGAGGAGAUAAAUUGUCCCAUUGGAAUUUAAUUCUCUUUGUAUAAAUUAAAUUAAGUUCAAAUCGCCAAGUUUAUAAUCAAUAAAUUGCAAUUGAUUCAA